UCUCGGCCGCGCACCUCAAGCACACCACGGCUCGACCGAGGCACGUGACCCGGACCGGCGACAGGCCAAUCGCCCCGAACCACCCGGCUCGCACGGCCAUACGGCCCCAGCGAGGGCGUGCCGCUCUACGAGCGAAGGGAUCCCCGAGCAAUCCGACAAACACUUCAUCCGCAACCCAGAAUCCAGUUCAGCAAGCAAACAUUAGACGAAGAAGAGGAGAAAGGAGUAGAGGAAUCCAGCUGUCUCGAGGGACGUUUUCUCCUCCUAAAACAAUGCCCCUCUCAAAUUAUUAAUUCGACCACGAGACGGGCCUUAUCCGUCGUGUACCUCCACUCCUGGUGCACUGCAUCUGAUAAAUCCAAGGAUACCCCCGCAAUCAUUUCUUUUGUUCCUUCUCUUACGUACGUUGGUGUAGAUCCCGUAUACCCACUGAGGUGCGCUCCACUGAGUCCUUCCAAUUGACAUCCGACUCGUAUGUUGUUUCUCGAUCAGAUUUUUUUGGCUUUGUGAAUGGACCGCAUUUGUCUCCGUGCGUCUCCUCACAUGUGUGCGAGUAAUCUCAUCCCGUUGCCUAUAUAUAUUUGCAUAAACCAUUCCCCUAAUCUCAUGUUAUCGAGUCGUCAUCGUCGUCGUCAUCCGUCUACCUGGGCAAUCUCAACAGUUUGAGUGUGCGAGCGAGCAUAAUAGAUAGAUAGAUACCAAUGGCGGAGAUGGGAGCAGAGGCGGCGGUGCAUUACCGAGGGGUGAGGAAGAGGAAGUGGGGGAAGUGGGUGUCGGAGAUCAGGGAGCCCGGGAAGAAGAGCAGGAUCUGGCUGGGGAGCUUCGAGUCAGCGGAGAUGGCGGCGGUGGCACACGACGUGGCGGCGCUGCGACUCAAGGGCCGCGACGCGCAGCUCAACUUCCCGGAGUCGGCGGAGCAGCUUCCGCGGCCCCGGAGCUCGGACCCCGAGGACAUACGUGCGGCGGCGCUGGAGGCGGCCGCGAGGCUCCGGUGCAGGACUGUUAGGGUAUCGGCGCCGGCGCUGGAGCGGCUGGGCAACGACGAGCUGGGGCUGGACUCGCCCAAGAUGUGGGUGGAGCUGGCGGAGGCGCUGCUGCUGAGCCCACCAGCUUGGAACCCUGAGGUGAGCGAGCCAGAGGAGUGGGAACACCAUGCGUCCUUGUGGGACCCUUUCCUGUAGACCAUCACAUUUAUCCCUCGAGAUAAUAACACCAUCAGCUGACGUCCUUCAGUGUACCAAAGGGUGUACGUAAUACGUAAAAAAGUACGUGAUUGUUGAUGCAAGAAUGCUUCAAGGUGAUAAAUAAUUGGAAGAGUACUCUGGCAGCUAUCGUUGCCGGUCUGCGGUUUGGGGUUGCGGAGUGAAGAGAGACGAGAGAGAGUACGUCCGGCACGUUAGGCUCUCUCUCUCUCUCUCUUUCUCAGUAUAGUACUGUUGUAGUCUAACAAUGUUUGCUGGAGAGAGGAACAAAUGUAAGAAUCACCGUGCACAGUACGCGGAAAUGCUGAUUCAUAAUGCUCCCGUCUAAUGUGCUUGACUGUGAAUGGCGUGCAUCAGGGGAUUCAAACUAUAAAAGGAUGUGAACAAAAUUAUAAAGGCAUCAUCCCUCCAGGUUUAGACCAACGAAUGGUGAUCAGCUGCUCCACAAGGAGCUCGCAACAACAGAUAUUGAGCCUGCAAUUGGUCACUGCAGCUACUCAAACUUUGUUUCCCAGCAUCAUUAAUGCUAGAUCUUGUUUUAGGUGAAGAUGCACAGGGUGUUUCCCUCGGUCAAUGGGUCCAACGUAGGUCAAGACAACAUGGAUAUGGGACCUGCAUUGAAGAUAACGAAACAAGAAUACGAUUGUGGCCUCAUGACAUCUAUAUGUGGUAGGCACCAGGGAGAGCAAGGGACCAAAACUUUCCUAUUCAAUGGGUCACGCGUUUAAGGAGAUGGGCCACCACCGCCACUUAUCACUUGGUAAACAAAAAUCUUGAGAUUUCUAGAAGCUUAGGCUAAUAGCUAAUAUGUUGAAACGAAUAUAUAUCAGAUUAUUUAUAAAAAAAGGGCAAGUAAAACACUUAACACUUAUUAAAAACUUCUGCCUAUCACAUUUGAAACCUCUAAUUUGAAACUUACUGUCCUUAUUAAAAAAAAGGACAAGCAAUUAUUAAAAAUUCUGCCAAAUCACAUUUGAAACCUCUAAUUGUAAGGAUAAUAAGCUUGUUAUCAAAAGAAAGUGGUAAAACACUUAACACUUACUAAAAAGAAAAUUGCUGCUGAUUAGCUUAGUUCAUGCAAUCAUGACAGAGUAUGCCCUUCUUAUGUUCAUGCAAUCAUGGUAAAAAACUCGAGUGUUAAUGCAAUCAUGUUUAUGUUCUCGCACCAGAGAAGCUUAAUGUAUGAAGAGGUGUUCACAAGUCACCUUUCAAGCAUUAUUACUGGUUUGUGUUGUCAAUCGUAGAGAGUAACAUACAGUAGCACGUACCAUUAGAGAAAAGACAACUUACAGAUAGAGUACUAACACAGACAAC